GUAGUCUGUAUGCUGCGCGACGACGAGACUACUCGAUAUGAUAAGUACCUGGCGCAUGUGUUUAUGUAAUCGCUUGACUCUGAAGAACGGAAGCUGAACUUGCAACCUGAAUGGAAAUGGAAUCAGACAGGACCUAACUUAAGUUUUAGAAAAUCGUUUCGAACAGACUUUAUCAACAAUGUAUCGAGCUCCACGAUGUCCCAACUGCCGCCGAGAUUAUGCGGGGCCCCAUGUGCAAGGUGGGGCCCAUCAGCCGUUGAUCCUCAAGUGCGGGCAUACAUUCUGUCAGGCAUGUCUGGCUAAGAUCUACAAGUAUCUCAAGCAUGAACUGGCCUGUCCACAGUGUAAGGUUUCAACUCCUUUACCAGCAGGUGAGGUGAGCUUCAAAGAACUCCCCCCUGAUUUCUAUGCACUGGGCAUAGCAGCUUGGACUUACACCAACAAAACUCCAGAUUUCUUUGCACACAAAGUUGAAUUCCAGACUAGGCAAGACAGAGAUGAAUUUAAGGGAAAGGCACUCAAAGGAGGUCGAGCUCUUUGUGAUGAAUGCAGCCAGGAGACAGCCUCCUGUAGAUGCGAGCAGUGCGACGAAGACCUCUGUGAAAAAUGCUGGAGCAAGCUGCACAAAAACAACUCCAAGAGCAAGAACCCACACCACAGGAUCCAAAUACAGAUAGGAGUAUAUGGGUGUGAAGAGCACGACAACAUGCCAAGAGAGUUCUACUGUAAAGACGAUGACAAGCCUAUCUGUGCGUACUGCGGGCUGACGGGAGAUCACAAAGGUCAUACGAUCAUACCCAUUGCACAACAGAAUGUUGAAGUGCAAGACUUGCUGAAGCCUGCAUUUGAUACAGCCAAGGAUGUCCUCAAGAAAUUGUAUUACUCCAACGUGGACGUUGAUAAGGCUAUGAACAAGGUGAAGAGAGAGUCCAGCCCAGCUGCGAAUGCCAUCAGAAUGAGAUUCUCACACCUACAUGCUAUGCUGCAAAGGAGGGAAACCAUGUUGCUCCAAGAGCUCAACGCCAACGAAUCUGACAGACUCGACCAUCUCGGUCAAAUGGAACGAAGUCUUAAAAACAACAUUAGCAGACUGGAGACAGUCAUGUCUGACGUAGCACAGUCGCUGAAGGGGACGUCGAAUGCAACCCCCAACAUGACGGAGAUGAUCAGUAUACUCAACUCAGCCUCGGAGCUGCCAUGUUAUGUGAUCCAAGAUGGCGUCCAGGAUGAACCAAUCGCAUUCCAGUCUGACGAUGAGAUCAUUCAACACGUCAUGACACAUGGGUCAGUCGAUAGUUCCGGCAGAUUGAGCUGGGACCUGAAGACGCAGGAUGAUCUACCUGACAAUUAUGUGCAACCCAAAAUUGCAGAUACAAUUCUUAGCAACUCAAAGCUUUUCUCAGUCACUGCUGCUGGCAAAAGUGAAUUAAAAACAAGUCCAAGUGGUAAAGGUAGGGGAGACCAAAAGAAGACUCCCAACCCCAAGAACCAUGUCUCGUCUCAGAACGGAACCGCAUCACAGGCUCAACAGCAGACCGCACCAGCCAAGAAACGGGGCCAGCAACAGCAGCAGCAACCUGCAGCUCCCAGGAAAGCAUCGUCACAGGCUGCAUCAAAGAUUAUAGCUUCAUGUUCAUCAGUAUCCCAAAACCUGGUCCAUGUGGUCCACAUUAGAUCACCGGCUCGCUUCUACAUCCAACGGAAAGCAGACCGCCCUCGCUUGGACAGGAUGAUGAAGGCGUUGUACAAGUUGUGUGAAAGUGAGGACAAGAAGAAACGGAUGCCAGACCCGCUCGUUGUCGGGCUCCGUUGCUGCUGUAAGUUCUCUGCGGACAGCCAGUGGUACCGUGCAAUCAUCAAGACCCUCCCAGACUCCCUUCAGAACGGAGGACAGGCGACCCUUGACCCUGAUGACAAGGGUGAUGAGGAGAAAGAGCCCAAGGUAGAGGUCGGCUACAUCGAUUAUGGCAAUACAGAAUGGGUGCCGAUAUCCAGAUUAUGCAAGAUCCGUCCCAAGUAUGAGCGUGAACCAGACAUCGCUAUCUGCUGUUCAUUGGUCGACAUUGUGUCAACACAGAAGGAUGGAAGAUGGCCUAGAGAAGCUUCAGAAGCCUUUCAAGCCAUGGUAGAAGGGCAGGAGGCAGUCUUGAUGAGCCAAAGAGGGCAGGUUGGUAAUGUGUUGUACGUAGACCUCCACCAGCAACCAAACGAUGAUAUCAAAGAUGAUAUGCCCAUCUCGCUGAGGGAUGCCCUAGUCUUUCUGGAACUUGCUUGCUUCAUAUCGCCAGAGUCUGUGCCUAAGCCUCAAGCCAUAGUGCCUCCCAAGAGGUACCUGCCACCCACUGUACCAUGCAAGGGAGACGACUUUGUGGUGCAAGUCAGCCACAUCACAGAUCCACAAUGCUUCUCAGUUCAAGAUAUGGAGAUUGUGGACUACCUGAAUGAGAUGAUGGAGAAGAUUCAGGUGGACUAUGCCAAGAGGAUUGGACCCGAAUGGCAGGUCUUUUGCCCUCAUCCUGGUCUGGUCUGCAUGGCUUUCUUCCAAGAAGACCAGAGAUGGUACAGAGGAGAAGUCCUUAGAGCCGCAGGCAAGCAGCAAGUGGAGGUCCUGUAUGUUGACUAUGGUAACACGGCUACCAUACACUACACGCAACUCAAGAAGAUGACGGAUGACUUCCUCAAGCUCUACAGACUGUCUUUGCCAUGUGGCUUGGUGGACGUUGCACCCAAAGACAAAGAGAUAGGCUGGACAGACGAGUCUAAGUUAGUCUUCUCUCAGUGUGUGAGCUUCAAGCCGUUAGAUGUCUCUGUCAUGGAUGUGAAGGAGGGAGUGAUCCGAGUGAUAGCCUACGAUGAGGUCGAAGGUCAACGGGUCAGUGUGAACGCUCUCCUCGUCCAGAGAGGCCUUGCUGAAACAACAGGUCCAGGCUCCGUCAGUGCAGAAAUCCUUAGAGGACUUUCUCCCAAGCCAACACCCAUCUUGCCAGACACGACCACCACUCCGUCAGAAGAUAACACACACCAUGUUGAUUCCAGCGGGGACAAGAUCACUCGUGAAUCGGUAUCCGCCACAACCGAUGGAACCCCUCUGAAAUCACCCGAACCCAUGCUGCAGGUGCCUUCGACAGAAGCAGCGCAAGAGACCAAGCCAGCCAGAACCACUCCAACCGCAGCUAGGUCGUCAAGAGGCUCUUCGGUGACCAUAGGAUGUAGCAGGUCUCCGGGUCAGUCUUCGCAGCUCUCUGGGAAGUAUAGUGCCUACACGGCGGUUCAUGUGAGCCACGCUGAAGCGCCCUCUUGCAUCUAUGUCCAACUUUCCACCGCUGGCAAAGAUGGAUUAGACAGUUUACUGGAGUCCAUGACACUAUUCUACAAGGAGGAAGGAGACUGCGAGAAGACGGACUGGAAGGAAGGGGAGAUCUGUGGUGCUUUGUUAGUCAGGGAAGGGGUUUGGUGUCGAGGAAAGAUACAGUGUAUGCUCCCUGAUAAUAAUGCCGUGGUUCUAUUCACCGACUACGGUAACGAAGAAGUGGUUUCCAUUGCCAACAUCCGCGCCCUUGACGAGCGGUUUCAGAAGGAAGCUCCCUUCGCCAUCCGAUGUCACCUGGUGGACAUCCUACCUGCGGGAGGCACGGCAGAGUGGACCAAGACGUCCUGUGACUUCUUGGAAGAAAGGCUGAACGAUCUUGAGUGCUACAUCUGUAAAAAGGGUGACAUUGAGAAGAAUUCUCUCCCGAUAGACCUUCUCUAUGAGCUGACUAAUAAAGAGAGAGUAGCGAGAGAGUCUGCAGAAGAUUUAGCAAGCAUCGCUGAGCUCCUUGUUCAGAAAGGCUUAGCGUUAAGAAAAAGGCGAAAGGUGUCAACUCCAGAAGUUCACAAGAAUAUUGCAACUCCUCAUGUUACAGCCCAAACACCGCCAUCCUCCCACCCUACCACCACUACCACCACUUUGAGUCCCAAAAUGAACUCUGCCCCUGUCACACCCCAAAGCAGUGGUGUAAGCUCCCUCAAUACCACCGCCUCUCCCACCUCCCUGGACGGCCCCACCAUGCCCGAUGAAGGGUGUCCCGCGAUGCCCGCCGACUCUGCGCUGCUCCUGGACGAAUAUGAGAACUUUGAGGGGACCGGAAUCCAGGAGAUACUCCCCCAGUAUCCAGCCCCGCCCUUGCCGACGCUCUCCCAGCUACAGCUGAUCAUCACCUUUGUGAGCGACAAUGCAGUCAUCCAUGGACUAGACGUGGAUAGAUUUGAAGACUUUCAGCAGAUGAUGGCUGCCCAGCAAGUAGCCUGUAACAGCCAGAAGCGUAGUCCUCCAGACCCCAGCUCCCUCUCCCUCUGCCAAUGCGUGUGUGCUAGAUUCACCCUGGAUGAACAGUGGUACAGGGCAAAGAUCAUCGGUAUCACCGAAGACACUGUUCGGGUAAAGUAUGUUGACUUUGGAAACUCAGAAUCACUGCCUUUUGAUCGAAUCAACCCAACACCGUUCCAGCUCAAUGUACCCCAAUACAGCAGGGAAUGUGUCCUCUAUGGAAUACAGCCGAAGUCACCAAGUAAAAUCUGGUCAGCGAGUGCCAUUUCAUUCCUCCUGGAGACAUUAGUAGAGAAGACUUGUGUGGCUCAUAUCAGGGCUAUUUGCUUGAAAGAUGAACCGUUAACGGUUGAGUUGACCCUACCUACCGGCGAGAGUGUCGUGAGACUGAUGCUGAGUAAUGGGCUUGUGGAGUUUCUCGCGGACUGCGACGACUUGGAUGAAGGGGGACUGGAUGACGCAAGCACCAUCACAGACGGGACGUCCACACCAGCGUUCAGUCGAGCCAUAAGUGAAGAUGGAGAAGAUGUCACGCAUUACAACUCUGAAAUCCCUCGCUCCGUCGUUAACGUUCUGCAGGGCGUGGCCGAGACGGAAGAGGUGAUGGCGAUACCGGGUCACACGUUUAAUCCCAUCAUGCUCCCUGAUGUCGGGGUUUACUUCUGGGUCACAGUCAGCCAUCUGGAUGAACCAGACUUGCUGUACAUCCAGUACACCCAAACUUCCAUGGACGAUCCUGACCCCACCAUCGCCCUCGCUGCACAACAAGCUUUCAGUUCAGAGGCCCUCGUCGCCCAGCUAGCCAGUAUGGCCCCUAACCUUCCUUUCCUACUCAACCCACAACCGGAUAUGCCAUGUUGUGCCCAGUACAGUGUGGAUGAGAGGUGGUAUAGAGCUGAAAUAACUGAGGUGGUCAGGAAAGAUAUUAUCAUGUGUCACGUUAGGUUCAUUGACUAUGGCACGGUGGAAUGGCUGUCAUUAAACAGCAUUCGGCAGCUCCCUGUGCAUUUCCUGGAGCUGCCUCUGCAGUGCCGCCUGUGCCGUCUUACCGGGAUCCAAGCCCCUGCAGACCUACCACCUAACACACCACUGCAGGCAGGUACCCAGUGGCCAGCAGCUGCCAUUAAGAGAGUUGUGGAGAUGGUGUCCAACAAAGUUCUGGUCGCAGCUGUAGAGGAGGAUGGUCCGAUACCAAUGAUCAGUCUCUAUCAGGAUACCACCCAGACACUUCCAAUUUACUACCCCCUCGUAGAAGAAGGCUUAGCCGACACCCCUGCGAACUCUGAAGAGCAGCUUGUCACCGCGGCCUUCAAGGAGGUAGGGCGCAUCCUGUCUGCGGGGAGAGGACAGGGACAGAGGAGACCAAGGCUGAAGGGGUCGGAUCGGAGGAGGUCGGCGGCAAGUGUGAGGUUCUGUCCGAGGAACCCAAGAUGGUUCCCUCAGGGAUGGAAGAAUGAUGGUGCGUUCACAUCCUCUUCCCCCCCCCCCACGUGCAGGUAUAAACUGAACUUUUUGGAGGAAAGGGAGAAUCCAUUCUUUGCAUAGAUACAACUCAUCAGGAUUCAGGAUUUCUUGCGGUAGAUGCAUUCUACAGGACUAUAGUAUUUGCCGAGAGACCAGAAAGGCUGAAACUCUAUGUUAAAGUAUAUGAUUUAAUUCCAUUC